AAGUUUGGAAGUCACAUGAUGGUUACAUCACAUGAUCAAAAAAGAAGAUGGAGGUUCAGUUGAGUUGUUUCGUUUCAGUUUGCUUUUUAUUUUCACUCUCUGAUGCAUCUCAGCAGCCAAAUAUUGUCGUUAUGUUAAUGGACGACAUGGGAUGGGGAGACUUGGGAGUGUAUGGUCAACCAGCAAAGGAGACGCCAAAUCUGGAUAAAAUGGCUGCCAACGGUGUUCUAAUGCCUGACUUUUACUCAGGAAAUCCCCUCUGCUCGCCUUCCAGAGCAUCAUUACUAACAGGAAGACUUCCAAUUCGUAAUGGUUUCUAUACCACAAAUGCUCACGCCAGAAAUGGAUACACUCCACAAAUUAUUGUUGGAGGGAUUCAAGAUUCAGAGGUGUUGUUGCCUGAACUCCUGCAUACAAAGGGAUACAGGAGCAAGAUAAUUGGUAAAUGGCAUUUAGGGCACCAACCACAGUUUUUACCUUUAAAGCAUGGGUUUGAUGAAUUCUUUGGGUCAUCAAAUUGCCACUUUGGACCAUAUGACAAUGUGAAAACACCAAACAUUCCUGUGUUCCGUGAUGGAGCCAUGAUUGGCAGGUAUUAUGAAGAAUUUAAAAUCGAAAAAGGUGUUUCGAACUUGACUCAAAUAUUUAUUGAGGAAGGUUUAGAUUUCAUUGUAAAGGAACACAUUGCAGGAAGACCUUUCUUCUUAUACUGGGCCCCCGAUGCAACGCAUACUCCACUUUAUGCAUCCAAGGAGUUUCAAGGCACAAGCCAGCGUGGACUAUACGGUGAUGCUGUGCGAGAACUUGAUUCUGGUGUUGGUAGAAUUCUCACUAAACUGAAGGAUCUGAAAAUUGAAAACAACACUUUUGUUCUGUUUACAUCUGAUAAUGGCGCUGCCAUCGUUUCACGGACGGCUGGUGGCAGUAAUGGUCCAUUCCUCUGUGGAAAGGAAACCACAUAUGAAGGUGGUAUGCGUGAACCAACCAUUGCUUGGUGGCCUGGCAAAAUUCCAGCUGGAAAAGUUAGUCAUCAGCUAGGUAGCGUUAUGGAUAUAUUUAGCACAGCUCUUGAUUUGGCUGGGAUUGCAGCACCCAGUGACCGUAUAUAUGAUGGCCGUUCACUUCUGCCAGCUCUUCUCCAUGAUGAUAUUGAUUCUAAUAAGACAAUAUUUUAUUACCGUGGUAACGAAAUGAUGGCAAUUAGGAAAGGUCUCUAUAAAGCUCAUUACUGGACGUGGACAAAUUCCAUUGAUGAAUUUAUGAAGGGCAUCAACUUUUGUAGGGGAGAGAAUGUCAGUGGAGUAAUGACACAUGCACAAACAAACCACACCAAACAACCUCUUCUGUUUCAUCUAGGCCGAGAUCCUGGUGAGAAGUACCCUCUUAAACCAGCCAGUAGUGAAUACAAAAGUGUGAUAGCUGAUAUUGAAAGUGUGGUAGCAGAGCACAAGACCAAUUUGAAACCUGGUGUUCCUCAAUUAAAUGUGUGUGAUAAUGGAGUGAUGAAUUGGGCCCCUCCUGGAUGUGAAAAAGUGAAUAGUUGUUUAAAAGGAGUUCCGUCUAAUCCACAGAAAUGCACAUGGCCACAUUAAUAUCUGGUUGUCAUAGCUCCACCAGGAUUGGAUAAAAUAUACACAGUACUGUAAUGUAUAAACAAAUUUAACUUAAGCUCAAAGCAUUAUGAUGUUUUAUAAGGCGUGGCGCUUUUGGAAUCAUAUCGGAUUCGCUUGUACUUAAUAAGAUAAACUCAAGUAUUAAAUAUUUGUAGGAUGAAUCAUCGCACUAUUGGAAUCGUCAUCCUCAAUUAAAAUUAUAAUGACAAGUACAUUUUAAUUAUACACAGUAUUAAUGCUAAAAUAAACUUAAGUAUUAUAAAUUGUAGUACAAAGUACUUUGCUAUUGGAAUUAUCCUGAAUUAUUACAUUUUGAUGGCAAGUAAAUUUUAAUUAUACAGAUAAUUAUAUGUAUAUGUAUAUACACAUACAUAUCCAUGUAUAUGUAUAUAAAUAAUAAUGUGGACAAAAAGUGUGCUAUUAACAGGAGAGACUCUACUUAAUAGGGUGUCCUAUACUGUAUACUGUGUAUCAGAUAAGCAACACCCAUGAAUAUUUUUGGUAAAUAAUAACUGAAUGACUGAACAUUAGUUUUUUAUGAAAUCUGCAUGAAAUAAUAUUAAAAGAUAUAUAUUGAAAUACUAUGAAGAAAUAAUAUUUAUAUAAUAUAUGAUCUGAUAUUCUUUUGUUUUAUUAAGUUGAUUACAUUUUUUAACCUUGUGAAGGGAUACUUUAUAAUUGUGAUGCCAGUAUUAUAUUUGUUAGCUUUGUAUUUCAGUUAUUAAAUAUAAUAAUAUGUUUAUGACUGAUCUAAAUUCAUUUUUAUAUUAAAUUCCAUUUUAUUAUAUCAAUUUGAUAAUGAUUGAUUAGCCUGCAUAAAGUUAUGUAGCAAUGGAUAUUACCGCAGUUUUUAAAACAUUUAGUUUGAAUUAUCCAGAUAAGGUUUUAUUAUAAGCAUAAAAUAUUACAACUACAGUUACCUAGGAACACACUGCAUUGGCUAACAGUUUGCACAGCUGGCGGAAUGAUUGACAAUACAAUGUUGAUUGCUGAUUGUCGCUGCAGUUUGAGUGCAUACCUUAAAUGCUCGAAUAAGCGCCGCUCUCAAAUAAACACUGCUCUCAAAUACGCGCCGCAUGCAAAUAAGCACCGCUGUGUUUAAUCAAGUGUAUAAUAUUACGCUGUGUGUAAUGAAACACUGAGAAACAGGGUUUUAAAUACAAUGGUACAAUAAAAUGAAUAAAUAACACAA